CUAACCUAAGAGUAUUUUUUAACCCAUGACGACAAUCUUUAUUGGAAAAUGCUCAUCUAUCGUCUCUCCAAUGCUUUGGUCCCCGACUACUACAACAUCACCCUGUGGCCUCGUCUCAGCUGUGACCCAAACACUGGCCUCUACAUUUUUACAGGCCAAUGCACUAUGGAGUUUGAGUGUGUGAAAGAAACAAAUCUGAUCCUAAUCCACUCCAACAAACUCAAUUACACCAAGCUGGACAACAUGCACAUUGCCAGGCUCAUCGCUUCAGGCGGUGGGUCUGCUCCCAGUAUUAAGUCUACCUGGCUGCAGCCUGAGACCCAGUAUCUGGUUAUCCAGCUGAAUAGUAAAUUAACUCAGAAACACAAGUACCAGCUGUACACUAAUUUCACUGGAGAACUAGCUGAUGACUUGGCUGGCUUUUACAGGAGUGAAUAUGAAGAAGAUGGAAUCCGAAAGAUUGUUGCCACUUCUCAGAUGCAUCCAACUCAUGCAAGAAAGACCUUUCCCUGUUUUGAUGAACCAGCAAUGAAAGCUGUUUUUUAUAUAACUCUAAUCCACCCCCCUGGAACUGUAGCCCUGUCCAAUGGCAUGGAAGGAGAUAUUGUUAACACCACUAUUGAUGGAGUAGCUGUGACAAAGACCAAGUUUGAGCCCACCAAGAAAAUGUCCACCUAUCUACUGGCCAUUGUCGUCUCUGACUACUCACACCUCAGUGCUACACAAGGAGAAACUCUGAUCCGUAUCUGGGCUCGCAGGAAAGCCAUUGAGCAAAGACAGGCAAACUAUGCCCUCAAUGUGACUGGACCCAUACUGGACUUCUUCCAGUUGUACUAUGACAUCUCCUACCCUCUGAACAAGUCAGAUCAAAUCGCUCUGCCAGACUUCUAUUUUGGUGCAAUGGAGAACUGGGGUUUGGUGACAUACAGAGAAACCAACCUUCUCUAUGACCCUGUGACCUCCUCCAACAGAAAUAAGGAGACCACUGCCACCAUCAUUGCUCAUGAACUAGCACACAUGUGGUUUGGUAACCUGGUGACUCUGCGCUGGUGGAAUGAGGUCUGGCUGAACGAGGGCUUUGCUUCAUAUGUGUCUUACCUAGGAGCAGACCACGCUGAGCCUGCAUGGAACUUGAAAGACUUGAUAAUACUUGAUGACGUCCACAGGGUGUUUGCAGUCGAUGCCUUGACCUCCUCUCAUCCUCUGUCUUCUAAAGAAGACAGUAUUAUCCUACCAAGCCAGAUCAGUGAGCAGUUUGAUGCCAUAUCUUACAGCAAGGGUGCAGCAGUGUUGAGGAUGCUGUCCGAUUUCCUCUCAGAACAAGUCUUUGUCAAGGGACUUAAUAGUUACCUCAAACACUUUGCCUACAGUAACACAGUAGGAGAUGACUUGUGGCACCAUCUACAAAUGGCGGUGAAAGCCAAUAAUGUUUCACUUCCUUGUCCAGUACGUGAAAUCAUGAACCGCUGGGUGCUCCAGAUGGGCUUCCCCGUGGUUACCAUAGACACUACCACAGGAACGGUAUCCCAGAAGCACUUUCUGCUGGAUCCAGAGUCUUCUGUCACAGUCGAAUCACCUUACAACUAUGAGUGGCUGAUUCCUGUUAGGUGGAUGAAGAGCGGUGAAGUCCAGAGAAAUAUCUUGUGGCUGAUGGAAAAAGAAGCGGUAAACUUGGAGAUGAGGAGUGGUGGUUUGUGGGUUCUGGCCAACGUCAAUAUAACUGGAUAUUACCGGGUAAACUAUGACCAUGGAAAUUGGGAAAGACUCUUCGCUCAGCUUAAUUCAGAGCACCAGGUUAUACCAGUGAUAAACAGAGCCCAGCUUGUGGAUGAUGCUUUCAAUUUAGCCAGAGCUCAGAUGGUCUCCACUCCUCUUGCUCUGAACACAACCCUCUAUCUGUCUGGGGAGACAGAAUACAUUCCCUGGCAGUCUGCUCUGGAUAAUCUGGACUAUUAUUACCUAAUGCUGGACCGUACUGAAGUCUAUCAACCUAUGCAGGACUACAUAAAAAAGCUAGUGACUCCACUCUUCCUGUACUUCAAAAACAUGACAUCCGACUGGACCCAUGUUCCUGACAGACACACUGACCAAUAUAACCAGGUGAACGCCAUCCGUAUGGCCUGCAAGACUGGAGUAACAGAAUGCCAGAAACUGACCACCAAAUGGUUCAAACAAUGGAUGGAGACCCCUCAACACAAUUUGAUUGAACCCAACCUGCGUUCAGCAGUGUACUGCAGUGCCAUGGCAGCAGGUGAUGAGGAAGAGUGGAUGUUUGGCUGGUUACAGUUCAAAAACGCUACUGUAGCCAGCGAGGCCAGCAAACUCAUGUCGGCACUGGCCUGUACCAGCAACACACAACUUCUGGAAAGGUAUCUGUCCUAUACCUUAAACUCCACUAUGAUCCGUAAGCAGGACGCUACUUCCGUCAUCACAUCUGUCGCCAGCAACAGCUUGGGACAGAGUCUGGCAUGGGACUUUGUCAGGGAACAGUGGGAAUACAUGUUCACACAAUAUGGCGUUGGCUCUUUCUCCUUUGCCUCUAUGAUAAGUGGGGUCACUGCAAGGUUCUCUACACCUGCUGAACUACAACAGCUGGUGGAGUUUGAGGAGAAGCACAGAGCAGCAGGGUUUGGAUCUGCCACACUGGCUGUGGAGCAAGCCUUGGAGAGGACCAGGGCUAACAUCAACUGGCUGCAAAAGAACAAACAGGAGAUCUUGGACUGGUUCAACAGUCAGACUAGACAUUAGAUUCACUAAAAACACUGGCAUAGCCAAAACGCUGUGGAGCUGUGUCUCAUCUCCCAUAUAAAAAGUGUUUUUAUGUUGUUUUUUUCCUGAACAAAAAAAAACAAAUACUACAGAGAAACCAGUUUAGAGGAAUUAUGUAAGAAAGACAUACAAAAAUAAAAAACAGUAGUAGUUAAGCAGCUACAUUUAUAUAGUAUAGUCAGAUGUGACAAAAUUUGGACUAACCUGGUUUGUAUGAGGAAGUAAAAAAACUGCUAUAACCAUGCCACUUGAAAACUCACAAUAACGUUCUGCCAUGCAGUGUAUGUAAGAUUUUCAUUUUUUAAACACUUGUGUGCAACGUUUGCCAUGACAUCCUGUAGAACCUGCUUUAUUUUAAAAUGUACAGUGAUUGAAAUGCCAUUUUACCAAUUGUUAAAAUGUGACAUUUUUUUAACCAAACCAAUUUGUUCUGUGUUCCUGGUCUUUUGUUAUCCUCAGUAUCUUUGGAAAUAUUUUGCCUGUUUCUUCAGGAAUCUUUUUGUUGUAGCCUUUGCUUUAUUAAAUCUUUGAACUCUG